UGAUCCCCUAGUCUCCUGAAAGAUAGCCAUUGAUUCUUCUUCUCUUUUGGCUCCCGUCCCCUGAGUGCUUGCCAGCGGCUGUCCCCAUGCCUGGCCUCUGGUGGGACUUCAUGUGGUAUUUCUGAGGUUGUGUAGUUCCGGGUCCCAAGUUCCGGAGGAAGAGCCCGAAACAAGGUGUAUGCAUCUGUGCGUUUGCACGCUCACACGUCUGGGAGGUGCCCUGCGCUAACGGAUCACCGGUCCGUGGCAUAACUUCGUAUGUUUUCAGUGUGUGGCGCACCUUUCUAGAAGGUUCUCGUCGUUGGCACAAGAGGACUGUUUCAGCUCUUCCAGCGGCCGUGGAAUUUUCCAGUUGCCCUUAGAGCGUCUGUGGUCUCACUGAGAACACAGUUACAGAGGAGACCUUGACCCCUGCAGGAGGCAUUGCCUCUCGCCUCCCUGCUCCCUCACUCUCCCCGCUUCGUUUCCUGUGUGUGUGUGUGUGUGAUGUACACCUGUCUCUCUCUCUCUCUCUCUCUCUCUCUUUCUCUCUCUCUCUCUCUGUGUGUGUGUGUGUGUGUGUGAUGUGUUUGUGUGUGGUGGGUCCCAUUCUGAGCUGCUGUCGCUGGGACCCCUGGGAGCUCCCUCUGUGAGCCCACUACCACAGACUUACUGAGUUGUGCCUUGUGGCCCGUCCGUUUGUCUGUGUCCUUCAUGCCACCCUCAUCUGCCUUACCCCCAGACCAUGAGCCCAGUGCUUGGCUUCUUCAAGGGCAUGUCAUUCCCGCUGGCCAGCGUCGCUGUCUACAACUCAGUGGUGUUCGGGGUCUUCAGCCACACCCAACGGCUCCUCAGCCAGCAUCGCCUCGGAGAGCUGGAGGACGACCCCGGCCGAAGUGUGUCCGAUCUGCUCCUGGCUAGCAUGGUGUCCGGCAUGAUCUCGGUAGGGCUGGGCGGCCCGGUGGACCUCAUCAAGAUCCGGCUGCAGAUGCAAACACAGCCGUUCGGGGAAGCCAGCCAUGGAUUGAAGUCCAGGGCAGUAGCCCUAGGGGAGCAGGCACCAUACCAGGGGCCAGUGCAUUGCCUUGUAACCAUUGUGCGGACUGAGGGCCUGGCUGGGCUGUACCGGGGAGCCAGCGCCAUGCUGCUGAGGGACAUCCCAGGAUACUGCCUCUACUUUAUUCCCUAUGUGUUCCUGAGUGAAUGGAUCACACCCGAGGCCUGCACAGGACCCAGCCCUUUUGCAGUGUGGCUAGCAGGAGGAAUUGCAGGGGCCAUUUCCUGGGCGACAGCGACUCCGAUGGAUGUCGUGAAAAGUCGGAUGCAAGCUGAUGGCGUCUAUUUAAACCAGUACAAGGGCGUGCUGGACUGCAUUGCCCAGAGUUACCAGCGGGAAGGCUUUAAGGUGUUUUUCAGGGGUAUCACUGUGAAUGCUGUGCGCGGCUUUCCCAUGAGUGCAGCCAUGUUCCUUGGGUAUGAACUCUCACUGAAGGCACUCCGUGGCGACCACACUGUGACAGGCACGUGAGCACCAGGAAAACAUAGAAACUACAGAAAGAGCAGAGCAAGAAUUUCUGCCGUCACCAUAAGGUCCAACUGUGGCCUUAAACCCAGAGCGGACUUUGCACAGUACAGCUGCCUUCCUGCCUAAUGGACCAGAACCAUGUUCCACGUGGUUAAAUCUCCAACUACAACAUGGCUUCCAAACCAAGAACCAAGACCCCGGAGUGACUGGGCACUUGUGUUCAUGGUGGCACCGUGCUACUCUUGGCCACCCUGAGGAAUGGCUCUUUAAGGAGGCUGGAGGAAGUUUCUGGAGAACUAAGUCAUCACUGUCUGAGAUUCAGCGUUUGACAGCAGUAGCUGAGCCAGCUGCAGGCUUUUCUUUCUCAAUGUCAUCUCCCUUGCAAGGGGCUUUGGAAACCUGUCUCCUCAAGCAAAAAAGCUUUUAGGGGUGGCAGUGGGGUUGAAGAGAAGGAAGAGGCUCCCUCUGGUGGGAGGGAGUGAUCCCUGCAGCUUCAUCUUGAACAAACCUCACUCAUCUGUUUGCCUUCCUGCUCUGACCAGGAACUGUGAACACCAGGUCCUCUAGCAAGCUUGGGCUUUCACUUGCAAAGGUUUGGAGCAGGCUAGGUCUACGUGGCAGAAAUGUGAACUCUCUGAAGGUGCGCACAGCAUUGCCUCCCUCCCCACCCAGCCCCAAGAAUGGAGGAGACAGUGUCUCUCCAAUGAGCCCGGAACACUGCUAACCCUAAGAAGUGGUGGAUGAUGACUGUCUCCGGAGUCCCAGGCACAAGGGCCAAGAAGCAUUGUAUGCAUGGGAUGGAGGACACAGCUCGCCAGAGGCUAAGGAGACAUGCCUUCCUUCUCAUCCAUCCCUGGUUCUGUUUCCUUCCAGGCUGCUCAUGGCAGAGAGGGAACCUCAGUGAGGACUGUGGGGGUAGUUAUUUUGUGAUGGGGAUAGUAUGAGAAAGAGGGUUGCAGGCAGUUCUCUGGCUUGCUCAUGACCCCUCCUGUGUCAUCAGCCCCUGCCCUGUGUCAGGAUCCUGGUACCAUAGCCUUCCUAGACUAGUUCCCAUUCUAUAUUCUGUCUGGUGUGCGUGCUGCAGACUUGGGAGCCCACAUCCUCUUCACCGGGGGCUUCACAGCCAAGGAAAGGACGUGUGUUCUUCCCAUGACACCUCCUUGUUUGAACAUUUCGAAACAAUCCCGAAUGGCCAUGCUGACUGCAUACAGUGUGUCCCUGCCCUGUCUCUGUGGCACAAGAACCGUGUCCAUGUGGGUUGCUUGAGCCUAGAUCCUGCUGGCUACAGCCACAACUCAAAAGAGGACUCUUUACAAAGCCCCCCUCCCCUCUUCUCAGGGACACUGUCAUCUGACCAGACCUCAUCCCACCUCCGGCUGAGCCUGCGAUACCUGUAGAAUGAGCGAUGAUUGUGAGUGACUUAUUGGAGAGAAGGGCGACCCCGCCAUUCCUGUUGUGUGCCAGGUGGGCCACAGCCAGCACACUGAGCUCAGAGUCACUUCCUUCACGAUUGCAGACUCUUUCUCUCCCCAGUCCAAGUGCUGGAAGGAGGCAGCAGACCAUGGAUCAGGCAGUCAGCAUCUCUUUCAGCUCUGGAUUAGAACCUGUGAAAAACAGGCAAACCAUUCUGGGCCCAUGGGUGGUGAAAACCCAACACAGACCUGCCCUUCUAAACAAAAACACUGAAAGCCCCUUGGGUAGUUUCUGUGUCACACACCUCUACCUGGCUUCUGAGAGGCCUUGGUCACACUCCUCUCUACUCAGUUUAGGUCUGUGGAGAUGCUGCCAGCCCAGAGAGAAACCAGCCGAACUAAGGGGGUAGUAUAUUUUCUCCCUGGCCCUUGGGGUGGGAAGGGAGGGCACAGCGUCUGGACAGAAACACAAAGGAGAGAAAAAGCCAAAGAUUCUCUCAAAAGCCUGAGCAGUGUCACUUGUUGGUGUCAUGAGUGGCAGAUGGUGGUCUCAGCUUGCAGGAGGUGGGUGUUGUCUGGCCCUGACUUUUACGUGGAAACCAUAAUAAAAUGCACGCUCUGUGUGA